AAUUUCUGCGCUUUCAUUGAAUUGCACUGAAAGCUGCAUCGAUCUAAAGCCUGCAGCAAUCCCAGCACGACAACGUACACUCCUGUCCCUUAACAGAUGAGGACUACACCAGCAGGUUGGUUUAUUAUCAAACGGGUGGACUGAAUCGGCACUUAACACUAGAAGAAGUGAGAACCAACACCGUGGGAGAGGGAUUUCCCGUCGUAGAAGCCACACUUCUUUGUAGUUGGCUAAUGAUUUUUAUUAAUUCCCAAUUUGUCGUAAUCCACCGAGGACAAAACACAGCGAUGAUAAGACUUCAGGACGCUCAUGAGUUUUAUUUCGUCAUUUUAUCUCUGAAUUUCGACAUUAAGUGCACCACAACCGGUUAUUACGAGGAGUAAAACCGAUUUUUGUGAUUUUUUUACGAAAGGAAAUACAAUGCCUGACCAGAUAACAGUGGCGGAGUUUGUGGCGGAGACGAAUGAAGAUUAUAAAUCGCCCACCGCCUCAAACUUCACCACUAGAAUGACUCACUGCAGGAAUACUGUAGCCGCACUGGAGGAGGCCCUGGAUGUGGACCGCAGUGUCCUUUAUAAGAUGAAGAAGUCAGUUAAGGCCAUUUAUGCCUCCGGUCUGGCUCACGUGGAGAACGAGGAGCAGUACACUCAAGCUCUGGAGAAGUUUGGAGAGAACUGUGUGUACCGAGAUGACCCUGACUUGGGAUCAGCCUUCCUGAAGUUCUCAGUCUUCACAAAGGAGCUCACAGCCCUCUUCAAGAACCUGUUUCAGAACAUGAAUAACAUCAUUACCUUCCCAUUGGACAGUCUGCUGAAGGGAGAUUUGAAAGGGGUGAAAGGGGAUCUCAAGAAGCCCUUUGAUAAAGCCUGGAAAGACUAUGAGACCAAAGUUUCUAAAAUCGAGAAGGAGAAAAAAGAGCACGCCCGACAGCACGGAAUGAUCCGGACGGAGAUCAGUGGAGCGGAGAUAGCAGAGGAGAUGGAGAAGGAGCGCCGUUUCUUUCAGCUUCAGAUGUGUGAGUACCUCCUCAAAGUCAAUGAAAUCAAGAUCAAGAAAGGUGUCGACUUGCUUCAGAAUCUCAUCAAAUAUUUUCAUGCACAGUGCAACUUCUUUCAGGAUGGUCUCAAAGCAGUGGACAACCUCAAACCCUCAAUAGAGAAACUCGCCACAGACUUGCACUCGAUCAAACAGGUACAGGAUGAAGAACGCAGGCAGCUAACCCAGUUACGGGACGUGUUAAAGACCGCUCUGCAAGUGGAGCAGAAGGAGGACUCACAGGUUAGACAGAGCGCCACCUACAGUCUGCACCAACCCCAGGGUAACAAAGAACACGGGACGGAGCGCAGCGGGAACCUUUACAAGAAAAGUGAUGGGCUGCGGAAAGUGUGGCAGAAGAGAAAGUGUACGGUGAAGAAUGGUUAUUUGACCAUCUCGCACGGGACGGCUAACAGACCUCCUGCCAAACUCAAUCUUCUCACCUGUCAAGUGAAGCACAACCCAGAGGAGAAGAAAAGUUUUGACCUCAUCUCCCAUGACAGAACGUAUCAUUUCCAGGCAGAGGAUGAGCCAGAGUGUCAAAUAUGGAUCUCAGUGCUGCAGAACAGCAAGGAGGAGGCGCUCAACAACGCCUUUAAGGGUGACCAGCAUGUUGGCGAGAACAACAUCGUGCAGGAGCUGACCAAGGCCAUCCUCGGUGAGGUCAAGCGGAUGGCGGGUAACGACGUCUGCUGUGACUGCGGAGCUCCCGGCCCCACAUGGCUCUCCACCAACCUGGGCAUCCUGACGUGUAUCGAGUGUUCAGGGAUCCACCGAGAGCUGGGCGUUCACUACUCCAGAAUCCAGUCAUUAACACUAGAUGUUCUCAGCACCUCAGAGCUCUUGCUGGCCAAGAACGUGGGGAAUGCUGGGUUUAAUGAGAUCAUGGAAGCUUGUCUGACAGCAGAAGAUGUAAUCAAACCAAAUCCAACCAGUGACAUGCAGGCGAGGAAAGACUUCAUCAUGGCUAAAUACACAGAGAAGCGCUUUGCUCGUAAGAAGUGUCCAGACGCACUGUCCAAACUGCACACGCUCUGUGACGCUGUGAAGGCCCGGGACAUUUUCUCUCUCAUCCAGGUCUAUGCUGAGGGUGUGGACCUAAUGGAGCCCAUUCCUCUGGCCAAUGGCCAUGAACAAGGUGAGACGGCCCUUCAUCUGGCCGUGAGACUGGUGGACAGAACCUCUCUUCACAUCGUCGACUUCCUCACCCAGAACAGUUUAAACCUGGAUAAGCAAACGGCUAAAGGAAGCACAGCGCUGCAUUACUGCUGCCUGACGGACAACAGCGAGUGUCUCAAACUGCUGCUGAGAGGAAAAGCCUCUAUUGACAUCGCGAAUGAGGCUGGUGAGACGCCGCUGGACAUCGCCAGGAGACUCAAACACCUGCAGUGUGAGGAACUGCUGAACCAGGCACUUGCAGGGAAGUUCAACGCUCAUGUGCAUGUGGAGUACGAGUGGAGACUUCAGCAUGAAGACCUGGACGAGAGUGAUGAAGAUCUGGAUGAGAAGUCCAGUCCACACCGGCGGGACGAGAGGCCCAUCAGCUGCUACACUCCGGGCAGUAAUUCCCUUCAGCCCAGUCCGGCCAGCCUGGCACGAGACGCACGAGACAUGGUCAAAGACAAGCAGCGGUUUGUGCCCAACCUGGUCAACAACGAGACCUAUGGAACCAUCAUCAACACCAACUCAGCGGUCGCCCUGUCCACCUCUGCUCCACCUCUGCCCCCACGAAAUUUAGUUCAGCCGUCUGGUCUUGCUGGAAUGGCUCAGGGAUCUCCCGGUUGGAAACCUGGCUCCCUAGACCUGACCGGCAGGCAGCGAUCUUCCUCUGACCCCCCCAACAUGCAUCCUCCGGCGCCCCCCUUACGGGGCACAUCCACUUCCCUUCUUGUGCCCAGCGGAGCUCCCCAUCCUGUGUAUAAAACUGGCAGUAUGAUGGAGGCCAUGACUACACAACCCAAACCCGGACAGGGGCCUCCUGGUCAGAGCAUCAACCGGGCUACAAGCACGGACAAAACCUUCAGUAAAAGCACACUGAUGCGCUCCGGAUCCAUCGAGAGACCAGGUAGAUGUCAGAGAAACCAUGUUGACUCUAAAGAAGUUCCUGGAGGCCUCCAAAACACCACUGGUCAAACUCUGCCUGCUACACACAUGCCCAGGAAAACUUACCUGAGGCCGAAGCGUGUGAAGGCCAUGUAUAACUGUGUAGCUGAUAACCCAGACGAGCUGACGUUCUCUGAGGGAGAGGUGAUCGUGGUGGAUGGUGAAGAGGACCAUGAGUGGUGGCUGGGCCACAUUGAGGGAGAGCCAAUGAGAAGAGGAGCGUUUCCUGUCACAUUCGUGCAGUUCAUCAUGGACUGAAGCUCAGAGAUCAUAGACCGAUGACGGCACUUCUCUGCUUCUGUGUGGCCUCACUGACCAUCAUCAUCAUCAUCAUCAUCGUCCCCUUAAUCGUGAGGCUUGUGUCUUCACUGAGAUUCCAAAAUCCCUGGCUCUCACCUGGCUUGAGCAACGCUGGAAUAUAACAGCUUUCUAGGCUUUGUGUUUUUGGUUUGUGGACCAGAUAUGAUUCAGAAUGACAGGCAAUAAAUGCACUUUUAACUUUGAGCUUCGUCAAUGGUGCUAAACCAGGAAUAUGCUACGAGAGCCGUCUGCCCUUGGAGGGGGCGCUCCAAUGUCCCCAUUUCACACUACCUGCCCCAGUGCUGAGUGUAUAAAUAGGCCUCCCAUCGCUCACACAUGGGAAAUAUCUCAAGUGCACUGUGUGGAUGAGAGAGACAGAGAAACGGACAGACACAAGAGUGCUUUGUGCUGGCUGAGGGACAGGGGACGUGGAGACUGAAUGGAAUUAAUCUUGACCCUGUGCCUGCUGGGAGAUUUGAGCGGCAUGACAGUCUGCAUGAACAUUCGGUGGAGCAACGGAGCAUCAAGGAGGUUUAUUUCUGUAGAUAUUUAUAAUUCAGAGCUGUCCUUCUGUGUUCUUGAUUUAGAUGCUCUUAUUGAUUGGAAUGAUCUUUUGCAAACCUUCCUUCAGUGUGCAGGCCGUUUGCCUUGAGCCGUCUGUGGAACACUGUCAUUUAUCAACUGGCUCAUUCAUUCUUAAAGUGAUAGACCAAAAAUGAAAGUAUGGUCAUUUGUUUACCCUCAUGUUCUUUCAAACAGUGCUUUUUCAUAACAGGAACUGCGGGUAUUGUGCACCAUAAAUCCUAUAUUCCAAAUCUAAUGAAGUAACCACUGUAACUUUGUGUGAGGAAGAAACCAGUAUUUAAAUGCAUUGUUCACCAAAACACUUUCAUGUCGUUCCAAACCUGUAUGAGUUAUUUAUUCUAUGG